AUGUUAUUUACUCCAUCAGAUAAAGAAAAUACUCCAUGUUUAGGUGAUCAGGAAAAAGAAGAAGAAAGAACAACAAGAAAAAAACGAGUAGUGUUUUCUCCAUUUCCUAAGAAUGGUACGGGAUUAUACUGUCCUGUAGAAAUAAAAGAAGGAGCAAAUUCAACACCUCAAAAAACGCCUGGAGAAUUAACGAAAAAACCGCCAAAAAGCAUUCUUAAAACUACCCCAUUGUCCAAGCAGUUUGAUUCACUUGAAGAAAGCUUAUAUUUAAGCUCAUUAGAAGAAUUGCCACAAAAGACUACGUUUUCUGAAUUUCUUGCAUCCGCAAGGAAAAUUCUUACUGGGGAUCAGCGUGUUAAGAAGAUUGAGACAUAUAUUGGGCUUUCUGUUUUUCUUCGAUCCUAUGAGACAAUUCUUGAUAAGCAGUCUUUAUUUCAAUAUAUUCCGGAGCUUGCUCUAUGUAUUAAGAGAGAUGCAGUUCAGAUUCGAUCAUCAGAUAUAGGCGACUAUCAAAUGGCCUCUAAUGCUUUUAAAGUUUUGGGUUAUCUUUUAUCUCAGAAGGAGAUUUCUGAUAUUUUUAAUCCUAGUGACGCCAAAUUCUUUAUUGAAUAUUCUGUCUCUGUUUUAGAAAGCCCAUCUCUUACUAAGACAUCUGCAACUAUGCAUCUUUGGCUUUUAAGUAUCCAGAAAUUACCGCCAGCUAUUAUAACUUCAGAGAUAGCUGAUAGAAUUAUUUCUGCAUGUUUAAAGAUAAAUCUUCCUUCUAUAACAAUUUCUCAAGAGCGACUGACUGUCUUGAUUCGGAUCAUGAAUCAACGCCCUCAGAUUUUUAUUCAUCGAGCGUCAGAAUGGGUGUUAAUUUUGCAUACUUCUUUGUUAGAUAUUUCUCGACCUGUGCGGGAAAAAGCUUUGAACUGUGCUUUCGAAAUAGAAAAAGCUAUGCAUGGGGAAUCUAGAAUCAGUUUAGCUGUUAUAAAUAAUAUGAAAGAAAAACUCAAAGGAAAACUAAUAGUAGAUAUAUUUUCCACGCGAUUUCAAGAAAUUAUUAAUGAAGAUGGUAAUGGUGUUUUUGUAGCACAAUCGUGGGGUAUUCUUGUUGCUAUUAUGGGUACGUUAUUUCCUAAAUGGAACAAAUUGAAUAUAUGGUUGAAAAUUAUUCAAUUAUGUUUUAAUCACAAUGAUAUCUCAACAAAGAUAGCUGCUCAAACAGCUUGGGUACGUUUUAUAUAUAUUUUUACUUUAUCACCUAAGGUUCAAUCUAUUCCACUAAAAAGACUUUUUUUAUUAUCUCAACCAAUGCAAUUAGUUUUAAGUACAAAAUCUGCUGCAUAUUCUCCGGUAAAAAAAAUUGCAAUAAAGACAGUAUGUGCAUUAUUAUAUUCUAUUUUACGUCCUGGGGUUUCAAUGAAAGAUAUAACGAUUAUGUGGGAAAAUGUUAUCUUUCCCCUAUUCGAAAAAAUGAUGGAAUCUAAUAAAAAUGACGCGUUUAAUGGAUGUGAAAUAAUGACAUCUUUGUUUGAUGUGGAAAAAGUUAAAUCAUGGAAAGAUGACCGUCUUGCAGAUAAUUUGUCUAUAGAACCAUCAGAAAUCCCAAGAAUAGAACCUAAAUGGAUAAGAAAUAACAUCUCUAUUAUAAGAUCAGCUAUUGAAAUAAUUUUAAUAUCUACUGUGUUGCCAACAGAUUUUAAAUUAUCAGUUUGGAGAAAUUUUAAUAAAUCGGUUAAUUUUGCAGGUAAUAAAGAAAUAAAAAUAACUUUUGAAGCAAUGGAUGCAGUUACAAAAAUUUGUGGAUUAUUGAAGUCUUUUUGGUUUUUAUCUCCUAAUCAAAAUUUAUUUAUAAAAAAAACAGAAAAUGAUUUAAAUGAGCAUGUCAAUUUAUUUUCACAGCUUGUUUCUAUAUCGUUUGAAAUAAUAAGCUAUAUGUAUUUUAUGAAUAAAUCAUGUAUUAUAGAAAAUGAAGAUCUAAUCUUAGCACAGGCAACCGGUUCUAGAAAUUUAUCUUGCCAACAAAACCUUUAUACUCCUAUUGCUUUUAUUUUUAGACUUUUUUUCAACCCGUUUCCUCGUGCAUCAAUAAAUGAAACAUAUUUUAAGGCUAUAUUUGAUAUUAUUUCUAAUAUUGGUUUGUUACAGCCAAAGGAUUCCGAUAAGAUUGAUUUAUUAGUUGAAUGUUUAUCUGUUUUUGGUUGUACUAAAGAUCAUAAUCUUCAAAUACAAAUAUGGAAAUUGUUUUCAGAAGCUGUUAAAAAAUUUUUUUUUGAAUCUAAUCGAUCUUUGCAUGUAUCAUCUAUUGAUAUAGAAGAUACUAUUAAGCAAAGAAAUGGUAUAUUUAAAAUACUAAAAUGGGGGCAUCGAGAAGUAGAUUGUCUUUUAAACUGGGAAAUGCUCUUUGAUGUGUUUUAUCAAAAAUUUGAAGCUAUUAUAGGAAUAACCGGUGCUGGUUAUAAAAUUAUUGAGCCUCUAGCUGAAUCUCUUCUUCAGGAAUCUCCUGAAGUUAAUAAAAAUAUUUAUAAUAUUUGUACAGUUAUAACAAAAAAAGUUAAGUUCCCUUUAAACAAUUCAACAAUGAAUUUAUCUGAGCCAAAUUUAAAAGCUACAAAAAUUCCAAAAAAAACAAUAUCUUAUGAAAAUUUCAAUAUGUUAAUAAGCAAUCUUUUGGCACUUUCUUAUAAGCAUAAUCCUGAUAAAUCUAUUAUUUCUUUUAUUCAAGGUGUUUCUAACUAUAUAAAAAUAAUCCCUAUUUAUGAAAUUACUCAAAGUUUACAAUGUAUACAAGGGGGACUCUCGCUAUGGAUAUUAGAUGAAAAGGAAAUAAUAAAAAAAUGCUCUAAAGCAAUACUUAAUAUAAUUAAAGAAUUAUGGUUUUCUGUUUUGUCAAAAUUGGAAAGUCUUAAUUCUUAUGAAAGUUCACUGUUAUGUUCAUUAUCACUUCUUUUAGAAUCAGGACUUAGGAGCAAAAAUCAUUCAGUAGUUCUUUCUACUGUUGAAAUGUGGAAUAAAACUUUUGGAGAACAAACUAUGUUAGAUUAUCCUCCCGAAAUUGUUAAAGUUAUGGAAUUUCUUUCUAAAACACUUAAAAUUCUGUUACCUUCAUUUCCUAUUUCUUUAGAUAACGAUAAUCCUUCAACAUUAUGUAUUCCUUUAGAUCCUAUUCUGUCAUCUGAUAAUGAGAAUAUUGAGUAUCAGGAAUUUCCAUCGACUUCAAGUAAUAAGCUUGAAGUUAUACAAAAUACCACUAACCAAACGUCACAUGAAACUAAUAUGCCAUCAUCAUUAAUAAAAACACAUAACAAAAAAAUAACAACGCCAAUUGAACCUUCAAUGAUGACUAGAAGAAUGUCAGCAAAGUUAGCACAAUCUGUACAAAAAAAGGCUUCUCAGGAUAUAUUGAACUCUGAUUUUAUGAAAAAUACUCGUAAAGAAGAAAAUAAAAUAUCCAAAAGUUAUUCACAUGAUAAUAAUAUACAAGAAAUGGAUCCUCUAAAGACCGGAACUUCUGAAAAAUUAACAUUAGAGAAUAAAAAUAACAAUUUUUUGUCUUCUAUGAAAAAAGAUACUCCAAAAAAUACCAAACUCAAAAAUAACAAAACACUUGAAAAUAGUAUUACUAAAAGUGAAAAAAUUAUUUCUCUUGGAAAAAGAAAGCAUGAUUCUGAACCAGUUGAUGAUUCUCUUUUGGAUGAUUCUCCCUUGUUAAAAAGAUUACGACCAAGACGAUCUACUGAUAACCAUAGAAAAACUCUCUCUGGAUCCCUGGAAACUCACUCAUACACAAAAAAUUGCCAUUCUAGUUAUAUAGAUGCAUCUUUCUCCACUACUCCCACUAUACAGUCUAAAAGUACCGAUUUAUUUAUUCAUCUGGAACAGCUGCUGCCUCAAAUGGAACAUACAAUUCCCCAAAUGACUCAUCAAUCUUUACUAAAACUUGAGUCUAUUCUUCUACGUUUACAGAAUACUAUAUUCAAAACACGCGAAAAGUUUAUUAUGAAUAUAUAA